AUUGCACAAUCUUGCUUCCACAUCACUCUCAAUGUUUGAUGAUCUUCACUUUUUUAAUCAGAAAGCUUUAGCUGAAAAUGGCAGAGGGAAGCCCCGACAACAAACCAUACCACAUGGACGAGGUCUGCAAGGGUCUCUUUCUCGGUAGCCGGGAUGCAGUCCUCACCUUAAAGGGACAACAUGAUUUACUGAAACAUUCCAUCACUCACGUCUUGUCAAUCGAGUGGUCCAAACCAGACAUCUCUGCGUUGAAUCUUAACCAUAAGUUUGUGUAUAUUAAUGAUAUGCCAUCUGCAGAUAUUCUUAGCCACUUUGAGGAAUGCAUAGCGUUUAUUGAUGAGGUUCUGACGUCGUCUGGGAACAUCCUUGUUCAUUGUAUGAUGGGGAUUUCUAGGAGUUCCACUAUAGUAAUUGCAUACUUGAUGCAUCGAGAUAAAAUAACAUUCCAGAAGGCAUUUGAUUUGGUAAAGGAGAAGCACCCACGCACAGAACCUAACGAUGGCUUUGUUGAUAUGCUCUGUUUGUUUGAGGCAAUGGGCUGUCAGUUUUCUUCGUCACAUCCUCUGUACAGACAACAUAGAUUAGGACAAAUAGCUCCGGAUAUUCAAGCUGGUUCACAGGUACCUGAAGAGUUCAUUGCAGCCGAUCCUGCCCAGGAAUCUGCCUCGACUGAAGCACAAACCGUCUACAAAUGCAGGAAGUGUAGGCGAGCAGUUUUCUUUCAAUCCAUGGUUCUUGCUCAUAUCACUGGGAAAGGGCAGACAAGCUUCAGCUGGCACAAACAAAUGCAUCCUCUCGCUGUGACAACAUCCCCUUCAAGCACAAUGGAUUCAUCCAUAUCAUGCACAUCCCUUUUUGUGGAACCAGUGAAGUGGAUGGAACCAUUAUUAGUGGGUUGUUUAGAAGGAAAGCUCUGCUGCCCAAAGUGUUCUUCACGCCUGGGAUCUUUUAACUGGUCAGGUCUUCAGUGCUCUUGUGGUGCGUGGGUCACCCCAGCUUUCCAAAUUCAUCAGAAUAGAGUGGAUAAAUCAAUUCGACGCCAAAUAGUUCAAAGUAAUCAUCAACAUGAGGAUGUAUAGUGUUUUAAUGAGAGCUACUGCUGAAGCCAUCAAUUUGGACAAUGCAAUCACUGAAAAAGUCUUUUCUAUGUUGAUGUUAUUUUUAUAAGUAUAACAGAACUCGAUUUCACAAAGCACUAAGCUACAUCUUUAGCUAAUCCUUUAAUAUAGCCAGAGUGGUUUUGUAUUGUGACAUUACACUUUGAUUAUCAAUUAAGAUUGAUACAGGGUUAAGAUCAAUCUCAGCUCUUUGAUGAUGAAAUCGACCCUUGACCUAUCAAGGCACUUUUCAAAGGACAGGACAACAGUUGAGGCUAACAUUAAAAUGAAACCAGUGGUGGCGCUGGGUAAUACUAAAACUUAAAACAAAUAUUUUGUAUGAAAAAUUUCAGAUCAGCUGCAAGAGUACUUGGUUACAAAUGCCAAUUAGUGGAGUAUGUCAUUUUACACUGCUAACACUCUAAUAAGAGACUUAUUGUGAAAUGAGUACAGUGUAAAUUAUGACCUUGGAGCCACUCUUUUGAAAGUUUCCUCCUCUGGUAUUUUUAAUAGCUCCUCUAAAUUACAAGAAACGCUCCUCUAAUAACGCUCUAGCUAUAAAAAACUCUUUCUUGUUUGUAGUUUCUUUACACACACUGGCAGGGCCAGAGGCGGUUUAGUUGGUAGUACUAAGUAGUACAAUCCAAUUGCUGUCCAAUUUGGGCUAAACUUGGAUGUUGUGGAAAGUGAUGCAAACAGUCCAGUGGAUAAGGUGCCAAAAGAAAAGAGAAAAAGUGCACUACAUUUUACAGAUACAGAAAUAAGUAAUGAAUUUAUAGAACAAUAUUGCUAUUCUUUCAGGAGGCCUUCAUGAAUGUCGCUGAACAACAGAUGGUUGCAGACUUUUACAACUUACAUAAACCUUGGGAAGAAUGCAUUAUUGAUGGCAAUGUGAUAUUAAAAAAAGAUAGCAAUAAAACCAAUAA